CCCUGCAAUAAUCGCGCCAUCGCUGCUACAGCGCCUGCGUCACUUAGUUCCGUCCGACAACUCUCCUUCUUCUCGACAAGACCCUUGUCUUAAAUUCGUCUGGCCAUUCCUCGGACACAAGAAUGGCGACAACAAAAGACCCUGAGCUCAACAUCCCGAGUAACGAGCUGCCCCCCUUUCAAAACCCGAGGUCGGCGCUUGAACGAAGCGUUCUUUCCUUGAAGAGAUUGUAUGGGAAGCAUUACCCUCCUGGUUUCCACAGAAAGGUGGUGGCCGAGAUAAUAGCGACGUAUCUGCUGGUGUUCGUGACGUGCGGGUCGGCAGCGCUGAGCGCGAGCGACGAGAACAGAGUGUCGAGGCUGGGGGCCUCGGUGGCGGGAGGGCUGGUGGUGACCGUCAUGAUCUACGCGGUGGGCCACAUCUCUGGGGCCCACAUGAACCCCGCGGUCACCUUCGCUUUCGCCGCCGUCCGACACUUCCCAUGGAACCAGGUCCCACUUUAUGCUGCUGCUCAACUAACAGGAGCAGUCUCCGCUGCAUUCUCGCUGCGCGUACUCCUGGAUCCUAUCAAACUUGUUGGUACCACUUCACCUUCGGGAUCAGCCGCCCAAGCCUUGAUCAUGGAGAUUGUGGUCACGUUUUCCAUGAUGUUCGUAACUUCAGCGGUAGCCACUGACACCAAAGCUAUUGGAGAGCUCGCAGGUAUAGCAGUUGGCUCUGCAGUAUGCAUAACAUCGAUACUGGCAGGACCAAUAUCAGGUGGAUCUAUGAACCCAGCAAGGACAAUAGGACCAGCACUUGCCAGUUCAUACUUCAAGGGACUAUGGGUAUAUGUGGUCGGGCCGGUGACAGGGACGCUUGUCGGGGCUUGGUCUUACAAUCUUAUCCGGGUCUCAAAUAAGCCGGUCCAUGCCAUCGCACCUUCGUUUUCGUUCAAACUUCGACGAACGAGGAGCUGCGAUGGCCAGGAGAACAAUGAACCCUCUUGAUGCUCUGUUAGAAAAGGGAGAGGUUGCAUCGGUUUCUAGGAAAGCCAAUGUCAUAUUUCUGCUUGUGUCCUUUAUAUGGCUGUAUUUCUCGUCAUGACAUAUAUACAUAGCAAUGCCAAUGGAUGCUCUAGUGUUCUGACAUCUAAAGUUCUGGCACAUCUGUAUUUUUCUUUCUUUAUGUUAAAAAUAUGGGAUGCAAUGUUCAAGUCUGCUUAGUUAGGCGAAAGUCCAUUUUUUA